UUGCACAAGCCUUGGGCGAUUUACACACAACCUGCCAAGAGACUGAGAGAGAGAGAGAGAGCGAGGGAGCGAGCGAGUCAUGUUGUGGUCAAGGCCGAGCGCAGCAGUAGUAUCUGUCCUUGUGGCGGUAGAGGUCUCAUGCUUCUCGAGCGCCUUCGUAGCCCCGCCCUCGUCUUCCGGUUCUGCGUUAACGGCGCUGCGCACGGCUCCGCCUGCGACUACGCUGACGAGUCGAUCACGCCCAGCGGCUGGUGGCUACGGCAGGGAGAAGGGCGCUCGCCAGGCGUGGAGUGCUCUAGGAGGUGUGCCAGACGGAGGUGCCACGGCGAGCACUGGAGAGGAAGAGCGAACACGAAGUGCCGCGGAACCGAAGCUGCAGCCUGCAGCCGCGUCUACGGUCAGCGGCCUAGCGACCGGAGCCGCGGUCGUCGCGCUGGCCGCGCUUGGCGGGUUUCCCGGCCUUGCCGCGGCGGAGGCGCCGGCGUGGGUGGGGCCCACGAAGCUUGUUUUGGACCCCACCCUGUUAUACUUCGAGUUCGCGUUCGUGGCUCGCAUCGUUUUGUCCUGGUACCCUAAGCUGGACCUCAACAGCGCACCCCAAAACCUCGUGGCGUGGCCAACGGAGCCCAUCCUGAAGCCCACAAGAGCGAUCAUCCCCCCCGCGUUCGGCGUGGACAUCAGCCCCAUCGUGUGGGUCAUGAUCUGCUCGCUCGUGCACGAAAUAUUGUUGGGGCAGCAGGGCAUUCUUAACCUUAUGUCCAACAAGUAG